AUGACGAGCGACUCGGUGGCUGUAGCUACGCACAACCCUCUCGUGGUUGUCGAUCCCGUUCUGAACUCGGACGGCUAUCCUCCACAAUUUUGCCCGCUGAUAUCCUCCUUUGGGGAAGAUCCAGCCGAGUGUGCCUUGGGCAUCACUAAUGUCGUUGAGACCACCGUCUGGAAUGAAGGAAUCAUGUUCUUUCUCCUCAACCACCGUCCAAAUGGGACGAACAAUCUCAUGGGCGCAGGCGUUGCCUCCGUCACGCUCGAUACAUCCUCCUACCCUCCGGUUCCGCAGAUCAGCCGUCUACCUCCCCAAUACUGGUGGGAUGCCACAUGCGAGCCCUGGUAUGGUGACGUCUGCGCUUUGCGGUGGGACGACCACAUCUACGCAUACGGCCAUGGCAUCGAGGGCAAUCCGUGGGUGUACCUCGCAAGAGUCCGUGCAGAUGAAGCAACAAAUGUCAACUGCUACGAAUACUGGAAUGGAGCAACAUGGCAGAGCGAGAGACUCAAUGGAAUUGCGAUCGGGGAGAAAGAGAGCGUAUUCUGGCAGAUCAACCAGGGUCAAGUCAUCUGGUCGAGCUACUUUGGCUGUUUUCUCUUCGUGUACUGUGACAACUGGAUGAACUCGAAGGUGCUUCUGAAGAGCGCUCAGCGCCCUGAAGGACCGUGGUCGGACCCGAUUACAUUGUAUCAAGCGAGACCUCUGACGGACGGCAGCUCGAUCUACGCCGCUGUGCCACAUCCGUAUUUCGACGAGAGCGGGAAGACCUUGGUGGUUACCUUUACCAAUCACCCAAACACCAUUCAGGCUGUGCGGAUCGUGUUCGGUUAG